GAACAUUUGAGGAUUUGACUCAAUAUCGUUCAUCAGCACUGGAACAAAACGACAAGGGCAAAUAUCGUGUAUCAGUAUUUAUGGCUUUAUCAUAUUAGAUGCUUCGUCGCCUGAGUCCUCUUCUCAGGCGAAAUGUCACUACAAUGUCUAGAAAACCUCCAGCAGAACCCCUGGUGGUUGUGCUAGGAUCAACGGGCACGGGCAAGUCAGAUUUGGCUGUUGAACUCGCAACUCGGUUGAAUGGUGAAAUCAUCAAUGCCGAUGCUAUGCAGUUGUAUAAUGGACUGCCAAUCAUCACCAACAAAAUCACUGUUGAAGAACAGCGUGGUAUUCCUCAUCAUCUUCUUGGACAUAUUUCUUUGGAUGAGCAACCAUGGGAUGUUGAUGAUUUCAAGAGGGAAGCGACUCGAACAAUACGGGAGAUUCGCGGUCGAGGACGAUUGCCCAUCCUCGUCGGUGGUUCACAGUAUUACGUCGACCCUAUACUCUUCAAAGAGGUUAUUCUAGAUGACAUAGACCUGGAUAUGUCCAAGUCAUUUCCAAUUCUGCAAGAGUCAGGCGAAGUUAUGCUCCACGAGUUACGAAAGGUUGACCCUGUCAUGGCCGAUCGAUGGCACCCCAAGGAUCGUCGCAAGAUUCAGCGAUCUCUGGAGAUUUACCUAAGGAGCGGCAAAAGAGCAUCCGAAUACUAUGCUGAGCAACAAGCUAGAAAAGAAGCGGCUCAGCAAGACGCCAACAAACAGCCCUGGGAGAAUCUGCUGUUCUGGGUCUACUCGGAACGAGAUGUCCUACGAGAUCGUCUCGAUAAGCGAGUCGAUAAGAUGCAGACGAGUGGACUCAUGGAUGAAGUCCGAGAACUUUACGAAUUUAAGCAUAAAAAGGAAGUGGAAGGUCAACGGCUUGACAUGACAAAGGGCAUUUGGCAGUCAAUUGGAUAUAAGCAAUUCGAGCCAUACCUGUCUGCUGUUGACGAGGGGCGAGAGGCUGCAGAGCUUGAGAAAUUGAAGAGCGCAGGACUUGAAGAGAUGAAGUCGGCAACGAGAAGAUACGCUGUCUACCAGACUCGCUGGAUAAGACUGAAGCAGAUUCCACGGAUACGCGAGAUUGGCCCAGAAGCUAUGAACAACAUGUAUCUUCUAGACAGUACGGAUGUUUCAGCAUAUGGACAGAACGUCGUUGAGCCGGCGAUCAAGUUGACGGAGCAGUUCCUGAAAGGCGAAGAACGUCCAUUACCGACUGAGAUAUCGUCACUCGCUAAAGAGGUUCUCACACAAGUUGGCAACCCACCACCAAAAGCAACACCGUGUAAACGUACAUGCGAAGUCUGUCAUACGGUGUUAAUGACAGAAGAAGCAUGGAAGCAGCACUUGAAGAGUUCAACUCACCGACGAGUUGUUCGCAAGAAAGCUAGAACGUCUUUGGUUCCAGUGGAAAAAGUGCCCAAGGACAAAGAUGAAGGAGACUCUGGGCCAGAGUUAGGGUCCAUGUUUUCAGAGUGAUCAAUACAAACAGUCAAACCUUACCAUGCCACGAUCUGAGGUCCGUUCCGUACCGGUAUUUAACGAUCACGUCACUUGCAAUGAUAUGAGAAUUAUGGUUACGCGUAAAGCUGGCUGCUGAAGGUCAUCGCUCUUGAAACAAUAUACCGACACCAGAUGCCGUCAUCGGAUCGACUCGGAUGCUAGCCGUUCACCCGUGUAAACGAAUAAAUGAGGUAUCAUUCGAUGUUUCAAUCAGGUCUGUUUGAAAUGCCGUGUGAACCAUCAAGUCUGCC